AGUUGCCACCGGAGUUAUUCAAGAGACCAAAGAUGAACAAAUGUAAUGAUGCUUCUGGGUCUGGAGGAAAAGAAAAUGGUGGUGUUUAUGAGCUUCAAAAUUGCAGACCGGUUAUCUCUAAGAGGAAUACCAACAAACAUGUGCUCUCCCCAGCAGAUGUGGAGGACUGGAACUGCAAGUUGACAAUGAACAAGAACACGUCACAUUGGAGCCAUCUCAAGAUGCAAGAGAACAAUGAAUCAAGAUCCUUGCAAGCGAAAAAUGUUACACUUACAGGUGCUUCAAAGUGGAAUGAUUACGUAACCAAAGAUGAUAAUGAUGGCUUGAGAAUCAUUAACAACAAAAGCCGUGCAGAUAAUACAGAGCAAUGGAGUAAUCAAACAAUAGCAAACUAUGAGUAUGAGACAUUAACAACUGAUGAGAGGGUGGAAGAUGACAUCCAUCCUGAUUUCUUGCAAGGCUGAACUGAAGUUUAGUUAAGUCAAUGCUAUUGUUCAUAUGCAUGUACGGGACACCGAGGCACUAGGCGGUGGUGAGCCAAGUCUCUCACUCUCUCUCUCAAAUUUUUCCCAUGUAUCAAUUAGAGAGUGCUUUAUAUCCUUCCAAACACCAAAUAUCUGUUCUAUAAUAAAGUAAAAACUGAUCAGCCGAGGCAUUAGCCACGGCCUGUCAGUAACAUAACCAUAGUGACUAUUUUUAUUUAAAUAGAUGAUGAAUAUGGGUUUUCUCC